GGCAGGGGUUUUAGGGCUUGGAGGGAAUUUCUUCCAUGGCGUUCUUGGGGAGGGCGCACGGCGCUGCGAAGGCGCUGGCCAGGAUUCCGGCUCUCUGCGUCCCAAAGCGCGAUUCUUCUACGAUUUUCGUUGGAGGCCUUUCUUGGGGACUGACCGAGGGAAUUGUCCAGGAGGCCUUCUCUUCGUUCGGCGAAGUUAGAGAAGUUAGAAUCGUGAAAGACCGGGAGACUGGCAAGUCCAAAGGCUAUGGAUUCAUCACUUACGUCUCCGAGGCGGACGCUCAAGACGCUCUCCAAGCCAUGGAUGGAAAGAAUCUAAACGGUCGUGAGAUCCGUGUGAAUUUUGCUGCUAGAGAUAUCCCCUCGAGAAUGUCCCCGGGUUUCUCUGGAGGCGUUGGUCGAUAAAGACUAGUUUUCGUGCGUAAGAUCACCCAAACUAGAAGCUCAUAAAUCACCAUCAUAACUUUGGUCAAAGAUAAUUAUCGUGGUUAACGUGUGUGCUAUGUCCGCGAGUUCGCACAAGCUAUGAUACGUUUGUGGAUCUAGAUAAAAGAAAAUGAUUAUAAUUUUUAAAUGUUUAUGAUUA